AUGGACUCACCUCAUCGCGACCGCUUUGGUCGUUCUAUCACUCCGCGCUCCCGCAGCCGGUCGCCCACCCCGAUCGUGGUCGAGAAGCUGACCAAGAACAUCAACGAAGACCACCUGCGCGAGAUCUUCGGUCAGUACGGAGCUAUCAGAGAUCUGCACUUGCCGAUGAAUGGCCAAUUCAACACCAACCGUGGAACCGCCUACAUCCUCUUCGUCAACGAACCUGAUGCAGAAGCGGCCAUUGCCCACAUGCACGAGGCGCAACUGGACGGCGCUACCAUCAACGUCUCGAUCGUCUUGCCGCGACGCAAAUUCUCGCCCUCCCCGCCGACUGCCAGCCGCGGGGCCAACAUUGACCCCCGUCUUCCUGCUCCUGUCCCCAGAGGUGGUUUUGGAGGUCCUAGAGGUCCUCGUGGCGCUGGUCAUGGCGGUCCGCCCUUUGGAGGCCCCCCUGGCGGACGUUUUGGUGGUGGGCGCCACGGUAGAGGCCGCGGCCGUGACCGUGACUGGGACAAUCAAAAUACCUACCGCCCUGCUACGCGAUCGCCUUCAUACUCGCGCUCGAGAUCACCGCCGCGCCGAGGUCGUUCGCCCUCGUACAACUCUCGAUCGAGAUCCAGAUCUCCUCAGCCUAGAAGACGCGGUCCGGUCCGCAGGGACAGCUUCGACGACGACCGAGAUCUUGAUCGAAGACGCAGCCCCAGCCACGACAGCUACCGAAGCCGUUCGCGGAGCCGCGGCCGUGGCUACCGCUAA